AUGAACACCGCCAUCGGACAUGGACAAGACAAGGGCCCUGGUGACACGCCAGUGACCGUCCAUGAGGAGAAUCUCAAGCUGUCAAUCAAAUCCCUGGAGCUACUCGAGGAAGAGUCGGAUGCAGGUCUCGACAAGCGCGUCAGGCACAAAUUCGACCGACACAUCCUGCCGUGGCUGUUCGGAAUCUGGCUCUUCUCGUUCCUGGACCGCAGCAACAUUGGCAAUGCCAACAUCGCCGGGAUCUCACAGGAUCUCAAGCUCGUUGGCACCGAGUACAAUUUAGCCCUCAUGCUCUUCUUCAUCCCCUACAUCUUGGUUGAUAUACCUUCAAACUGGAUCCUCAAGUACUGUCGCGCGGGUUACUAUCUCCCGGGUCUCAUCACAUGCUGGGGCGUUGUCUGCACUUGCAUGGGUUUUACCAAGAGCUUGGGAGGACUAAUCGCAUGCCGCGUUUUGCUGGGCCUGUUCGAAGGAGGUCUCGUGCCAGGUAUUCUCAUCUACCUCGCCAUGUUCUAUCGCCGCACCGAGAUGGCGUACAGAAUUGGGAUCUUCUACUGCGCAGCUCCAUUGAGCAGCGCAUUUGGCGGGCUCCUUGCUUCUGGCCUCGCGAAGAUUGAGGUUGGAUCCUACCGGAAAUGGCCGUGGAUUUUCUUUGUGGAAGGGGCUGCAACCGUUCUCGUCGGGGCCACUGCGGCGUUGUUCUUGCCGGACAGUAUCUCGCAUGCCAAGUUUCUGACCGAAGAGGAGCGAGGUGUAGCACACAGGCGGGUCGAGGGCGAUGCGCAAGGAGCGACCGGCGCAUCCGGAGUCGAGCAGGAGACGUUUUCGUGGCAUUGGGUCCGCAUAGCACUGGCUUGCCCACUGCCUUGGCUCAGUUCCCUUGGCUACCUGAUGAUCAUCGUGCCUCUUUAUUCUUACGCUUUGUUUCUGCCUACAAUUGUCCACUCGCUUGGAUAUACCUCGACGACAGCACAGCUGCUUACUGCGCCACCGAACGUCUUGGGUUUCAUCAGCGUCCUCAUAGUCACCAGGCUUUCGGAUAGAGCCUCGAUGAGGGCGCCUUUCAUGAUCGCCGGUGGCCUUCUCGUCGCGAUCGGCUACUCAAUGCUUCUCGCGUCAGAUGCCCCUGGAGUCAAGUACUGUGCCACAUUCUUCAUCGCAAGCGGCCUGUACCCUUGCUCUCCCCUUGCACUAGCAUGGCUGAGCAACAACUCAGCCCCUCACUACGUCCGCGCGACGACAAGCGGGCUGCAACUUAGCAUUGGCAACUUCGCGGCCUUUAUCGCAACCUACUCGUACAUUGCGAAAGAUGCUCCAAAGUACACAAUGGGACACAGCAUCAACAUCGGCGCUGCGUGCUUGUUCUGCGCCAUGACGGCCUUGACAAUGUUCUACUGCAGCUGGGAAAACAAGCAACGGGAACGAGGCGCCCGUGAUUGGCGCCUGGUACGGCAAGAUCCUGCGCGGCUUGGCCAUUUGCAUCCGGAAUACAGGUAUAGCUUGUAA